AUGUCCUCCCCCGAGUAUAGCCACCACUUCUCCGUCCAGAACCUCCCCUUCGGCAUCGCCUCGUCCCGGACCCGGCCCAGCCCGCAAUGCGCGACACGCCUCCACAACACCGUCGUCUUUCUGGCUGAGCUGCACGAACACGGCAUCUUCAACUCCAUCGCGGAUCUCCCAACUGGGAUCUUCAAGUCCCCAACCCUGAACACCUUCGCCGCCCUCCCACGAUCCACCCACACUUCCGUCCGUCACGCCCUCCAGCAGGCCCUGCAGAAGGGCCUAGCGACUCUCCCCGCAGGAAGCACCGCGGAUAUCACCGAGGUGGAAAUGCACCUCCCUGUCUCUAUUCCCGCUUAUACCGACUUCUGCUGCAGCAAAGAACACAACCUCAACGCCGGCCGCGCCAUCCUCGGCCGCGAGACCCUCCCGCCCUGCUUCUACCACAUCCCGAUCGCGUACAACGGCCGCGCCAGCACGAUCUGCGUCUCCGGAACGCCCGUGCAGCGCCCGCGGGGCCACUUCGUCGACAAGACCAUCACCACGCACAAAGAGGUAGUGUAUGCGCCCUCGCGGGCGCUCGACUACGAGCUCGAGCUGGGGAUUGUGAUUGGGAACCCGGUGCCGGUGGGUCAGCGGCUAAAGGCCCGCGAGGCGGAAGAGGCGGGUCAUGUUUUUGGAUUGGUUUUGUUGAAUGAUUGGAGUGCCCGCGACAUCCAGGGCCUCGAAAUGAUCCCCCUCGGCCCACUCAACGGCAAGAACUUCGCGACGACCAUCUCGCCCUGGAUUGUCACGCUGGACGCACUGGCACCAUUCCGCUCCCCGGGCCCCGAGCCGCAGCGCGAGUCCGUCCCGCCGUACCUCCAGGACUCCGGGGAUUACGCGUACGAUGUGCAGCUGCGGGUCGAGUUGGAACACACGGCAAACAAAUCCGUGCUGGGGGAGACCAACGCCAACGAGCUGUAUUGGAGUCUGGGGCAAAUGUGCGCGCAUCUGACGAGCACCGGGUGCGGGCUGCAGACCGGGGAGGUGCUGGGGACAGGAACGGUGAGCGGGGCGGCGGAGGGGGAGUAUGGGAGUCUGUUGGAGGUGACAAAGGGGGGCACGGUGGCGAAGAAGUUGGGAGACGGGACCGAAAGGCGGUUUCUGGAAGAUGGGGAUGUGGUGACUUUGACGGGGUGGGCGGGCGAUGGGGUGGGGUUCGGGGAGUGCAGGGGGCAGAUUUUGGCUGCGGAGGAGGAAGGAUGGAGAUAG